AUGGGCGAGAACCUGGAGCUGAAUGUGCGCCACCAGGUGGAUGCAUUGCGUGCAAGAAAAAGCAAGCCAUCAAUAUGGAAGGUCUCCCGCAAACGGGCGCCCAAGGCGGCGAACACCACUUCUUCUCCGCGCCUCCGACAGUCCAACAGCGUCCUGGGAGAGAAAUCGACUCUCGCAACCCAAAAUCCAGCAAACGGGCAAGGUUCAGACGUGCAAGCAGCAAGGGAUAUACAUAGCUCGGAUUCCGUGGGCUCAGCAGAUGACAUUGUCCGAUUUCUGGCCUCACUGGAGUCCUCCGUACCUAGACUUUCGCAUGAUCCCCGACUGGGCUCUUCGGACGACCAUGGCUUCGCAACAGCGGACACUCAGAGCGAUGCGGCCACUCACGACGCUAGUCUCCCGUCGACGGUGGAAAUGGAAAACUUUCCCCUCGACCAUCUCGAGGAAGAUUAUCCAAAUGUAGAUUCAGCACAGUUCGAUUGGCCAGAAUCGGUGAAAAGGUCGUGUGUAAAUGCCGUCAACUUCUCACUCGACGAUCGAGAUGAUGCGACGUGGUUGGCUUCCGGAGAACUUGCUAGAACUAUGGGCUCAACGGACGGAGAAGUCUGCCAACACCCCGGCAUGCUUACAAAUGAACAUGACGCCUUUGGACAAAACGCGAUGAUGAUACCCUGCCAGACGUCCUUCGAACCGCCAUUCUUGGACUUGGAGCAUAUCGAUUCGACCGACUGGAUCCUCAGCGCCUCGCCGCACCGGGAUCUACAGUUGCAUUCAGAAGCAAGCAAUGACUUGACCAUGCACUACUUCGACUCUGUGUGUCGGAUACUGUCGUGCUUUGACUCCCAUGAGAGUCCCUUUCGAUCCGACAUACCCCGUGUGAUGUUGACCUGCGACUAUGUUCGGGAUUGCGUGGUUGGACUGUCAGCAGCACAUCUGGCGAACACGCGAGCCGGCAUGAAAGCCAUCGCCAUGAAGCACCAGGCUCGGGCAAUGGCCGGUCUUUCGACUGUCCUCCAGACUAUCCAAAUUUACAACCAGCAGGGCAGCAUCACAGGGCCGCCUCGGUUUUUGUGCUCCCCAGGAGCUCGAUAUCAGGCACUUUUGACUGCCUUGUUGUUGGGCGUAAGCUCGGCUUGGUACGAUGCUUCUGCUGUGAGCCUUGCGCAUUUGUUCGGCGCCAGAUCACUGUUCCGAGCAUGGCUGGUCGACGAGUCACUAUGCAGUGUGAAUGACGAGCCUGUCCUUCUGAACCGCCAGCAGAGCUUUCUCGUUGGCGCUUUUGUCUUUUUGGAAUGUCUUGCAUCGUUCAUCCACGACCAGACCUUCGACGCUCUGGCGCACAUCCGUCGGUUUGGGGCCCUGGCGGAGGGACAAACGAUGUAUCCUAAUCCGUGGACUGGGAUCAGUACUCCGCUGUUUGUACAUUUGGCCGAGACAGCAGUCAUCAUGAGAUAUAAACGGAGUUUCGCUGGGUUCCAGCCUCAGGCGAGAGCGGAAGCGUACAAUGAGGCGUACAAGUCUGCAGAACGUCUGUACAAGAAAACCCUGCUACACACUGGAGCUGGGAGAGAAGCAAUGGAAGAGACGAAGGAUCCGACGACACCGCUCGACCACCUUAUCGCGAUGGAUGAUGCUUAUCGACUAGUGAUCUUGAUGGAGCUCGUCCAGGUCUUUCCUGAAUUAAUCUUGGACGAGUUCAAGUCAUCCUCAGCGGCCAAAACCCAGUCGUGGACUUUGCGAUCGCAAUCUUGA